AUGCCCCUCUCCCAGCCCAGGCCCUCCCCGCGCCGCCGCAGCACAGGCCCGGCCCCAUCCUCCCUCCGGCCCCGGCAGGUGUCCCAUCCUCCCCUUCGCCCAGGCAGGCCUCGUCCCGCUCCGACUUCUUCCUACUAUUUCCUCGCACGGCACCCCGGCUCCAAAGGGGAGCCCCUCGGGCCUCGACAACCCGGCGGAGCCGGCAGGCCCGGGCUCCACUCACCCCUCAGCCCGGGAGGCGGGGGAGCUGCUGCGGCGGCUCCUCGGCCUGCGCCUCUCCUCCCCCCUCCCGGCCGCCGCCGUGGCCGCCGCUCAGCCUCGGGCCUGCUGACGGCCGGCCCCGGACCGGCUCCGCUUCACCUCGUCCCCAACUCCGGCCUCCGGAGCCCUGUGUCCUGCAUUGACCCGGAAGCAGCUUUCCCGGCCCAACAACAACACGUGACCCCGCCGCACGUGUCACGUCCGCUGCGUGAAUGGGAGGGGGCGCCGGAGGAGCCGGUCCUCCAGGACCAUGCUGAGGUUGCCGUGGCGACGGGGAUGUCGCGGCCGGCCGGGUAG